AUGGCGACUGUCCGCGCUUUUGCACUCCAGUUGUGGCUCCUGUUGUGUGUCGAUUUGAGCAGGUCGCAGAGAGACCGCGAUGCAUGGCUACCAGAGACGCAGCUCGAGCGGGAAGGCCGUGAGUCAUGCGCGAGGCGCUUCCGAAGCACCGACUUCUCGCAGCAAGGGUUCCAAUCCGAAUGGCUCAAUCCAUACAACAGAUCCGCUUUCAUCGACUGUCUGUACAAGUUGCGGACACGGUGGCGGCCGAGAGAAAAAUCCGUCCAUGCAGGAGGCAUUCACUACCCAACGCUAAUAACAACGCAUCACACAUGGCCUCCGGUCUCAACCAGUGGCGCGCGGCUGUGUUGGCUGGAUGAGUUGGGAGUCAGUCGAAACAGCAUAGAUCCCGGGCACUGCUGCGACACGACGCACGGCCCUCGGGGCUUGGAAGAAUGCUGGGAUGACUACUUCACCUACGAGCUUUGCUGCUUGGGUGAUGUCAACGUGGCGGAGAUGCCGCACUUCUUUGUGGCGCCAGCAUUCGACAUCAACGUUGGCAAUUCUGUGCGUCAGCUUGGGACCUUUGACUUGGGCCAAUCGUACGCUUUGCAGACGCUAUGUCGGACCGGGGAUGCCGUCAUCGAUGUUGGUGCAAACGUUGGCGGGUUCACCGUACCAUUGGCUGAGCGCGUCGGCCCUGACGGUGAAGUACAUGCCUUCGAGCCUUUCCGGAAGGUGUUCCAGCACCUGAAUGCAAACGUCGCUUUGAACGGCUUGAGCAAUGUCUACACAUACAACGUCGCUCUUGGGACACAGGACGAGGAGGUCGCUGCCUUUGUGCCCGACCUCACUAGCUUCAAUUUCCCAUCUGCUAUACGAGUGCUCGACCAGUUCGGACCCGACAAGGCAGCCAAAGAAGCCAAUCUCCGAUACGAACCACGUCAGGAGACAUUGACAGUCCGCCCUUUGGACAACUUCAAGUUCGACAAACGUAUCAGUUUGAUAAAAAUCGAUGUUGAGUUCAUGGAAUGGCAUGUGGUGCGUGGGGCGCGCCAGACCAUAAAACAGAAUCAGCCGCUGAUAUGGGUCGAGAACGAGGCCUACUUCGACGAUCCAGCAAAUCUGACUUUCGUCAACACGAUGUACUCCGAUCUGGGUUACGUCUGUAAUCCUGUAGCGAGGUUGGAGUUGCUCUGCAGCCCUGGAAAAGAGUCGGGCGGUCAGCUAAUUGCAGAUGAGUCCCUAUUGCCAGCAGGCUUCAAAAGAGUCUUCCGUCAUCUGAGUGGCGAGUUCAAAGAUGUUCAUCUUUGGCGGGCGCUUUCAGAGGUAGACCCACGCUUUGCCCUGGUGGAGAAAUAG